ACCCGGGCGAUUCUGUGAUUCUGUGAUUCUGUGAUUCUGUUGUACUGUAUUGUACUCGUCAUGCAGUACUUAAGUGCUCUUAUGCACUUCUGAUUAUCCGUCUAAGUGCUUUUGUGUGGAAGUACAGACGUGAAGUAUAAGCUUAUGUAAAUGUCAUAAAGCAAAAAAACCCUGACUCUUGCAUGUGAUUAUGCACAGCCGCAGUGCUGAUGUUUUUAAGGCUCUGUUGAAUCUGGCUGAAGCCAAAAGAAAUUAAGUUCUGUUUUUCGUCUUUGCUUCUCUGCUUCUAUGCUGUUUUGUGCCUUUAAUGACUAACACUUGGUUUUACAGAAUUUGAUCUCAGUGGCUACAGAUCAAGUUUGCUGAGAGCAAUUAUAAAUAAAAAACUAGCUAGCCUUGCAGAAUGGUGGGCUGUGUUUCUUCCCCUGGUCUCUAAAGCUGAAAGCCAGAUCUGUUACACAUGAACGCCUGUGAAAAUCCAUCCUUUGGUGUGCUCUAGUAAGUGCAUUUUGUUCUCAGUGAAGUCUUCAAAUGUUUUUGUUAACCUUCAGUAAGUGCAGCAGCACUGGCUGCAGAUACCCACAUGGUGGCGUGGGAGCUGCAGAGGCCUCUGUUCACAAGGCCACCCCAUGCAAGACGUAGCUGGUUCCAGAAGAUCCACUCAGGCGAUAGUUGAGCUCAUCAGCCAAGCUGGUGGUCUCUUUAGGAAAGCACGUCAAAGAAAGGAUAAAAAUGCAGUGUACUGAAGAAGGAAAGAAGGACAGGAAGAAAAGAAGGUGCUCUAGGUGCUGAGCAGAGGUUCCUCUGUAGUCUGUGGAGAUGCCUGUGGUGGAGCAUGUUUUUCUAGGAUUGCGGGCCUUGGGAAGGGCCCAUGCUGGGGAAAAUUGUGAGGAGCAGCUGAGAUGAGGUGUUCUGGACUGACAACCCUUCCUUCCCUUGUUCUGUUUAGGGACCUUAUAGAUCCAUCCCCCUCCAUAAGCAGGGUAGCCAGCCUCUAGGUCAUGAUGCUCAGGCCCCAUCCACCCUGGCUGGAGUGCUCCCAGGGAUGGGGCAUCCAUAGCUUCUCUAUGCCAAUGCCUCACUGCCCUAUUGACUAAAGAAUUUCCCAUUUACAUCCUACGUAAAUUUUCAGUCCUUUUGUUGAAAACCAUUCCCCUUUGUCUUAUCAUUAUCAGACAGUGUAAAAAGUCACUCUCCCUCAUGUUUAUAAACUACUUUUUAGUACUGGAAGGCUGCCAUGAAUUUUUCUUGGAACUUCUCCAGUCUGAAUAAACCCAGCUGUCUCCACCUUUCUUCACAGGAGAUGUGCUCCUGCCCUCUGCUCAUCUUAGUGGCUUCCACUGGACCCACUCCAACAGCUCCCUGUUUUUUUUUGUGCUGGUGGUCCCAUGCCUGGAUGCAAUUCUGCAAGUGGGGUCUCAUGACGGCAGAGUAGAGGAGGACAGUCAGCUCUCUCUCUGCUGACUACCCUUCUUUUGAUGCAGCUCUGGAUAUAGUUGGUGUUGUGGGCUGUAAGUGGACAUUGCUGGUUCAUGUCCAGCUUAUUGUCCACCAGGACCCCGAGUUUUGCUUGUGAUGGUGUCUCUGUCUUUAUCUCAGCUCAUGAGCCUUUCCAUCUUAUUUUCAUCUUCCUUCCAUGGAAGAGUGAGAGAGUGACUGGGUGGGAUUCUGGCAAUUGGUACAGGACAAACCAUUACUGUUGUUUGUACAUAUAAUGCAUUUGGAAAACUUUCUAUGAGGAAAUUGCCUGGGAAAAAAUGUAGUUACGUGUAUGUUCAAGAAGCUGAUAUGGUGGCAGCUGGAUCUGUGCUCACUUUGCAGGUGAUUUUUUGUUUUCUUUCCUUAAUGAAGAUGUAUAAGUUGAGUUUGCAGUCGAAUGAAUUUAACACAUUAAACAUCACCUCUCGUGCCUAACUGAGGCAGGGUUCUUGGCUUUGUGUAUUCUCAUCUUUAACCAUACCUUUUCUCUGAAUGUGCCUGGUGCUGAUGUCAUAUAAUAAAGCUCCCACAUGGGGGGGGUCCCCCAGGUUGUGGGUCAGCUCCCACCUGGGCUGGCUGUGGGUCAGCUCCCACCUGGGAGGGUCCCCCAAGUUGUGGGUCAGCUCCCACCUGGGGUGAUAACCCAAGUUGUGGGUCAGCUCCCACCUGGGGGGAUGCCCACAACAGUGGCUCAGCUCCCACCUGGGGAGGUCCCCCAGGUUGUGGGUCAGCUCCCACGUGGGAGGAAGCCCCCAGCUGUGGGUAAGCGGCCAAAUGGGGGGAAGCCCCCAACCGUGGGUCAGCUCCCACCUCAGGGGGUGCCUCCCAUUGUGGUUCAGCUCACUCCUGAGGGGCUGCCCACAGUCGUGGGUCAUCUCCAACCUGGGGGGCAGCAGUUACCCCUGCUCGUGCUCCUACCCGGGGGCAUGAAGCCGGGUAUGCCUCCCCCCAGUGCUCCUGCCCACUGCUGGGAUCAUCCCUCGGUGGCAGGGACGAUGCAGCCCCAGCAGCCCACAGGCAGCUGCCCGCUGCAGGCUCCCAGCCACCCUGGACCCUCAACUGUCCUCCAAGGACCUCCGGUGCAGCAGCAGGUGCACCUUGUGCCUGGCACCCUGCCCACCAUCUUAGAGCAGGAGGAGGAGCCCUUUGGAGAUGCCGUGGUGCACAUGGAGGACCAGGAGCAGCCAGCACCCAUCAGCAUGUGCCCCCAUCCUACCAUGGCUCCACUCACCUGCAGCAUUGCAGCGCUGGAAUCAGGUGCAGCGACAACCAGCUCAGACAUCCCGGAGGACAUCACUGACAUUGGUGACCUCCUGGCUUGGAUGAACAGUGAAGUGGCACCCAAAGAGGUCCCGGACAACAUCCCGGGCAUGGAUGUUGACUCGGCUGAGUGCCCAGCCCCUGCCUGCACCACCAGUGGGCACCAGCAGAGCACUGGCAGCAUCCAAGCCACCAAGAGGAAGCUGCCGCAGAGGCAGGAUGCUCCAGAGCAAAAGCGCUCACGCUAGGCGAAGCUGGGUGGGCUCAGCAAAAACGGGAGCAUCUGCAGAAACCAGCCCAUGUGGUGCAGCAGGAGACACGGCCGCAGCAGGAGACAUAGCCAACAAAUAAGGCUACCUGUAGCCCUGGGCUCCUCGCCGGCCCUCGCACAGAGCAGCGGCAGUGCUCCAUGGGCACCAGCACUGGCCCCAACCCCUCCAAACCUGGGCUGUCCACCAACACCACCUCGGACUGUGACAGUG